AUGCGCGAUUAUUGUGGAUUACGUUUCUGUAAAAGGAUAGAAGAUAUCCAGGAUCCUAAGCUAAAGAAGGCGGAAAUAUUCGUCCAUUUGGGUCGAGCAAGCGAUGCGGAAAAAGAAUAUCUUGAGCAAGAUCGCCGGGAUCUAGCCAUAGACAUGCAUAAAAAGGCUGAUGAGUGGCUGAGAGUACUACGUUUGGUGAGCUCAAGCUCAACGGCUGCAGACGAUAAGCAACGAAUCGAAGCGCUCACAAACGUAGCCGAUUAUCACCGAGACCGGCAGCGAUGGAAAGAAGCCGCUGAUCAUUACGAGUUAGCCGGAAAGCUCGAUCAACUUAUGGUGUGCUACAUUCAUUUGGAUGAUUUCUACGGUUUAGAGACUUUAGCUAAGCAACUUCCUGACAGCCACCCUUUGCUUGCGAGGAUCGCUGAACUGUUCGCUUCGUCGGGUCUCUGCGAACAAGCCGUACAAUGUUUCCUGAGAUGUAAUCAGACGGCAGAUGCCCUGGACACAUGUAUUCAACUGAACAACUGGGAAAAGGCCGUUGCUCUAUCUCGUACACACAACUUACAAGACGUGAACGUACUCAUGGGCAAGUAUGUGAAGGAGUUGAGCGAAAGCAGUGAGAGAUCUCUUGCCGCCGUCCAGCUUUACCGAAGGGCUGGACGGUUUCUGGACGGAGCUCGUGUUGUCUACAGGUUGGCCGAAGAUGAACGUAAAAAAGCUGCCACAUGUCUUCGUCUGAAGAAAAUGUACGUUUUGGCUGCUCUUCUAAUAGAAGAGUACCACCAAAAUAACAAGGCUCGACUGGCAAUGCGAAACAGAAGGACGCCGCUGACAAAGGUUGCCCUAUGCGGGACCAUCAAAGCGAGGACGAAUGUUGCACUGAACGAAUUGCUGCAAGGAGAUGAAGACCUUUCUUUGGAAGAUAGCAGGAUGAUCGAUCGAGCCUGGACUGCAGCUCAAGCAUAUCAUUUCGUGAUGUUAGCCCAGCGACAGUUGUUUGAAGGUGAUCACUAUGCAGCCAUGAAAACAAGCCUAUACUUGACGAGAUUUGAAGCGUACAUAGAACCUGUAGAGAUACACUCUUUACUUGCACUCUCAUCCUGUGCAUGCCGUCAGUUUUCCGUCUGUAGUAGGGCCUUUAUGAGGUUGGAAUCACUCGCUGAUCCGCUAUCUGAAGAGAGACGAGCAUAUCAGAAACUUGCCAUGGAGCUGUUCAGCAGGUAUCCUCCGACAGAUAAUCAACCGAAAACGGCAAACUGUACUAGCUGCGACAAAUUAAUAGCGGAUUAUGACUUUUCUUGCUCAUAUUGUGAAACUAAGUUCCCGGUUUGCAUUGCAAGUGGACGACCGAUGAUCGCCUAUCAAUUCUGGUUGUGUCCGGUUUGCAAGCAACGAGCUUACGAGGAAGAAAUACAUAGCUUCAAAUUCUGUCCACUGUGCCACGCUCAAAUUGCGUGA